GUCGUAUCUGCAAUCAACCAGAAAGCAAUUCGAAAGGGGUGAUGAUGGAUACAAGAACUAAAAGUUUGUUAUUUUGUUUAGCUCUUAUACAUGCUAUUCAAGCUCAAGAUCAAUCAGGUUUUAUAAGCCUGGAUUGUGGACUACCAGCAAAUUCUAGCUACACCACAAAUCUCACCUACAUCUCAGAUGCAGCAUAUAUAAACAGUGGUGAAACAGAAAACAUAGACUUGUACAAAAAUAGCUAUGAACAACAACUAUGGACCGUUAGAAGCUUUCCUAAUGGCACCAGGAACUGUUACAAUAUAAGCAAUAUUACUGAUGGCACCAAAUAUUUAAUUCGAGCAAGCUUCUUGUAUGGUAAUUAUGAUGGGAUACGAUCUCCGCCAAUCUUUGAUCUCUACUUUGGAGAUAGCUUGUGGGUAACAGUGAACAUUACGUCAGAAACAUAUACAUUCAAUUAUGAAAUCAUUCAUGUUCCAUCGACAAACAAAGUACAAAUCUGCUUGAUCAAUAAAGAAGCUGGAACCCCUUUCAUCUCUGCAUUAGAAUUUAGACCUUUGCCAGACCAUAUUUACUCGAUUGGAUCAGGGUCCCUCUUGCUUGCUUUCCGAUAUGAUAUUGGUUCGACAUCAAACAUCCCAUACAGGUUCCCUUAUGAUGUUUUCGAUCGAAUUUGGCCUCCCAUUAAUAAUGAUAAAUAUUACGAUCGAUUAAGUACCUCUCUCACUGUAGAUGUCAACCAAUCAGAGAACCAGCCACCAGCCAUUGUUAUGGAAACUACUAUAGUCCCAAAAAAUGCAAGUAGGCCUUUUUUUUUUAUAUGGGAGACAGGUGAUGAAAAUAUCCAGUAUUAUGCAUAUCUUUACUUUGCUGAGCUGGUCAAGCUUAAACCCAAACAGUUUAGAGGCUUCAACAUAAGUCAUAAUGGGAAUUAUUGGGAGGGACCUAUUGUUCCUGAUUACUUGAGCACAAGCAGUAUUUACAACAUCAAACCUUUGGACCCCGGAAAGCAUCACAACUUAACUUUAACUCAAAUUGAGAAUUCAACUCUUCCUCCAAUCUUCAACGCUGUUGAAAUUUAUUCCAAUAUUGAAAUCUUAGAACUAGAAUCAGAUCAGGGAGAUGUUGAUGCAAUCAAAAAAAUAAAGUCAACUUACAAAGUGAUCAACGAUUGGGAAGGAGAUCCAUGCAUCCCGAGAACAUAUCCUUGGAGUGGUAUAGGUUGCAGCGAUGAAUCAAGCCCAAGAAUCAUAUCACUGAACUUGUCAUCGAGCAAUUUGACAGGCUUUAUAUCAACUGAUAUACUUGAUCUAACGGCCUUACAAAUUUUGGAUUUGUCAAACAAUGACUUGACAGGAAAAGUACCCGAUUUAUCCAAAUUGUCAAAACUCGAAGUCCUAAAUUUGGAGAACAACAAUCUCUCAUGUCCAAUUCCACCUGAACUCAUACGAAGAUUCAAUGAUAGUUUACUAUCAUUAAGUGUAAAAUGCAAUAACGAGAUUGUAGUGGAAAAGAAGGAGAAAAACAAAGUUGUAAUUCCAGUAGUAGCAUCAAUUGGUGGUCUGCUUAUCAUUGCCAUAAUUGCGGGGAUUGUUUUCUGGAUUGCUAGAUCAAAAAGGAAACAAGAAGGUAAUGAUGCCGUAGAGGUGCAUCGUCCAGAAACCAACACUAAUGUUGGUGACAGUUCUUUGGAGACCAGAAUACGCCAGUUUACUUAUUCUGAAGUGGUGAGAGUGACCAACAAUUUUGUGAGGAUUCUUGGGAGAGGAAGUUUUGGAGCAGUUUACCAUGGGAUGAUUGAUGAUAUUCAAGUGGCUGUGAAGAUGCUAGCCCCAUCAGCAAUACAAAGCCAUGAUCAAUUCAAAGCAGAGGAAUGUAUUUUAUAUUUAUACUUAGUAUUUCAUAUUUGAUACUCACAAAAAUAUUUUCCACACACUUGUUUAUCAGAUUAAAAGGAUGCUAAUUUCAUACAGGUUGCUACUCUUCUUAAUGUUCAGCACAGAAACUUAACAAAGCUUGAAGGGUAUUUGAGUGAAGGAACUCACCUUGGCCUAAUUUUCGAGUACAUGGCCAAUGGAAGUAUAGCACAGCACCUUUAUGAGAUAAGUUCAAGUGUCCUAAGUUGGGAAGAUAGACUCCGAAUCGCAAUGGAUGCAGCACAAGGACUAGAGUACCUACAUAAUGGUUGUAAGCAACCAAUAAUCCAUGGAAAUGUGAAACCAACAAACAUCUUGUUGACUGAAAAAUUCCAAGCUAAACUUUCUGACUUCGGUGUCUUUAAGAGCUACUCAACAAAUGAUAACACCAGUUACAUUGACCCAGAGUACAAAACAUCAAACCGGUUGAGUCAGAAAAGUGAUGUGUACAGCUUCGGCCUUACACUGUUAGAGAUAGUUUGUUGCAAACCAGUGAUAUCUAAAUCCAAAGGACAGGAUUCAAUUCAUAUAAUUAAAUGGGUUGGCCACAUGGUUGCUCAAGGUGAUUUUAGAAACAUAGCAGACAAAAGAUUAAAAGGAGAAUAUAACAUAACCUCUGUCCGUAAAGCGGUGGAAGUAGCAAUGGCUUGUGCAUCAGUGAAUUCAGAGAGAAGGCCAACAAUGAAUCAAGUGGUGGCAGAACUGAAAAGUUGUUUAGCAAUAGAACUGAGUCGAACACCAGAGAAUCAAGCUCCUCACUCAAUAGAAUCUACGGAAAUGACAUCAAUGUACAUGGUUUUGCCACCUCAAACAGGUCCCAUGGCGAGGUGAAAUUCAUCAGAAUAUCAGAAUGUAUCAUUGAAGUGUGUUUUUAAAACUUCCAAACGUACAAAUUUCGACUUCAUGUAAAAAAUAAAUAAAUAAAAACCGUGCUUUAAUUGCUU